AUGUCCUCCAUGCGCAACGCCGUCCACAGACGGCAGCACCGCGAGCGAGGCCAGCUCGAAGGCCGCGAAAAAUGGGGAAUCCUCGAAAAGCACAAAGACUACUCCCUCCGAGCGAAAGACUACAACCAGAAAAAAGCCAAACUGAAGCGCCUGCAAGAAAAAGCCAAGGACCGCAACCCGGAUGAAUUCGCCUUUGGGAUGAUGUCCGCGCACUCGCAGCGCGCGGGGCGCCACGGCGCGGCUGCCCGCGACUCCGCCGCCGCGCGCGGCCUCAGCCACGAGGCGAUCAAGCUGCUCAAGACCCAGGACGCCGGGUACCUGCGCACGGUGGGCGAGCGCGUGCGCCGGCAGAUGGAGAAGCUGGAGGAGGAGCCGGCUGCGGGCGCAACAGAGCGAUGA